AUGGUGGGGAUAGGCGCCUUUAGGCGCAAGAAGAACACAGUUCCCGCUGAGGGCAUCGAAAUCACAUUUGCUAGCCAAGCAGUCAAGGAUCCCGAGAACCAUUUGAAAAAACCAAAUGCAAAAGCCGCUGAAACUGUAACCAACUGUUGCUGCUGUGGAACUUCACUCAAGCACCCGCAAUGUGUGCGGAAGCUUAAAUGCAGCAGGUGUCAUUGCACCAUUGACCUCGCACCCAAAACUAGCCACUACGUAACGAAAACACUGAAUUUUACAAUGCAAGCAUUUGAGAGUGUUGUUACGUUGUGCUAUGCCCGCUAUACUGAAGAUAAAAGCAGAUUGGGCACCCAUAUCACCAAAAAUCAAUUGCAUGAUGCAUUUCAACCUAUAGAAGUUUUUCUCGAAGACUUAUUCAGUAGUGUCGAUCAUUUGAACUCUUUUUGUGAUAGUACUGGCGCGAAAUGCAAAAUAUUUGAUUCGAAAACUGUGUCGCAUUUCUACACAGCAAUUCUUCAGCUUCCAACCAAGAGGCCCCUGUACAAGCUAUUAAUUAAUAGCAACAAUCGUUUGAAAAGGCCGCAGGCAAAUCUUAAUAGCGAUGAAUCAAUUUCAAACUUAAAGCAGCUUCGUUGGAUUUUAAUGAUCUUCGAAAACCCACUACUCCGGGAAAGUUUGGUGUUUAACGACGAUGCAAAGCCAAUGGCACCCCAUAUAAGGGCCAUCCAAUACGAGAUUAUAAAGCGCUGCGUAGGGUAUUUGGCUUUGGUAAAUGCAGCGACGGGUAAGGAGCUCGUAACAUAUCUGCAAAGCUUGAGCUCUGCUCAUUUUGGUUCACAGCUCGAUUUAAUAAACUUAUACGUCACUUUCCACUUCUCAAGAAUAUUACGCAAAAGAGCUAAAGCCGAAGCCUCACUAGGAAGUCCCGACUUAGAUGAGUUUUGCACAGAUGUCAAGCUGAAUCCCAAGAAAGCUAAUAAUGACUUUGAGACAAUUCCGCAAAUGGUCAGUAAAUUUUGGAAUAACAAUCGCCGUCCUGAUAAUGAGCUACCUGCCAAUUUUAAGUUCAAUGUUGCAGAUUAUGGAAAUGACUGGCAUGUGAGGACUGCAGCGAAAUUAGAAUUUUUCUAUUUUGUUGCAAAUCAAUGUAAAAGAAAAUGCUCGAUUUCUCGCUUUUACAAUAUGCUCUCUGAUUAUUUGGACUUUAAGAAAGACUUUGAUCAAUGGAGAACAAAGCAAAAGCGCAGGGCACCUGAGUCUUUAUUAUUUUCUUUGGAAACACUGGAUGAUGUCGUGUUAAUGCCUCAUUUUUUAAGUGGUUUGAAACACCCAGAAACUCAAUUCACAAUGUGUCAGUAUCCUUACGUGCUGUCACUUGGCAUAAAAAUAUCAAUUAUGGAAUAUGAAAUAAGAAAAGCAAUGGAGCACAGUGCAGAGCAGGCAUUUCUGAAAGCUUUGGACAAAAAACAAGUGGUUGACGUAUACUUGCGCGUGAGAAUUCGCCGAGACCAUGUGUCUCAAGACUCACUACGGUGCAUCGAGUCGCAUCAUUCAGACUUGAGGAAAUCGCUGAGGGUUGAGUUCAUUAACGAACCUGGUAUUGAUGCAGGGGGUUUACGGAAAGAAUGGUUUUCACUUCUGACUAGAGAACUCUUCAACCCGGAUAAUGGGCUUUUUGUUGUGGUUGAAGAAAGCAGAUUUUCUUGGUUUAAUAUAGCAUAUGAAGAUGUGGACAAUGGAAUUGGACAUGCUACCAAACUUUACUAUCUAUUUGGUGUUGUAUUGGGUCUAGCAAUCUACAACGGAACAAUAUUAGACGUUUCUUUCCCCAUGGCCCUUUACAAGAAGCUCUGUGGCGAGCCUUUGAGUACAAGGGACUUUUUAGAGCUAUAUCCUGUGACUGGAAAGAACUUGAGGAAAAUGAUGGAUUAUGAAGGCAUGGAUUUUGAAGAAGUUUUUAGCCUCAACUUCGAAAUUAGCUAUUCAAAUGCUUGGGGCACUAAAAUACAUAAGAGGGAACUACGCGAGGGUGGGUCCUCCAUACCGGUUACGCGAGAAAAUAGGAAUGAAUAUGCAAGAUUAUGGAUGGACUUUCACAUGAAUCAAGCAAUCGCGAUUAGUUUUGAUGUUUUUUUGAAUGGUUUCAAAAAAGUGGUCAAGAGUGACGCUUUUCAACUGUUCAAUUCUGAAGAAGUUGAGCAAUUGCUAUGUGGUAGUCAUGAAACAGACCUCGACGUCGAUACCUUGAGAAGUAUCACUAAGUAUGGUGGUGGAAUUCUACGAAGCUCCUCAGUUGUUGAGUGGUUUUGGGAAAUUUUUGUCGAAUUCAAUGGCGAUCAAAAGCGCAAGCUCUUAGAGUUUGUGACAGGAUCUGACAGAAUCCCUGCCACUGGAAUAUCUACAAUUCCAUUCAAAAUUAGCCGGUUAGGGAGCGAUUCCGAUCGACUACCACUAGCGCACACAUGUUUCAACGAACUAUGUGUGUACGAAUACAGCAGCCGUUCUAAGCUUCACCAAAAACUGCUUAUAGCAAUAAACGAGUCAGAAGGUUACGGGUUUCGAUAG